GUGACGCAGGUGCCUAAGUUUACUUCCUCCAAGAUGGCGAGUGUGUUACUGCUCGCUGCCUUCCUUCUGUGCAGCAGUUUCCCUGUCGGCGCCCAGGACACCAGGACCUACUGUCCCGGGUCCUGCCUGCGGGAGCAUGUAGACAAGGGCUGCUGUGCCUACACCUAUGUGGUUCCGCCCGGGUCCCGUACAGGGGGCUGUUCACCACCGGUCCAGUUUGCCGAGACCAAGGAGGAAACGGGCCUCAUGAAAAAUAUGGAUCGUCUUUUGUCUCUGGUGGAAACCUUACUGAGUCAGCAGUCCAACCUCACACAGGAGCUACAAGAUGAGAAAACUGGUCACCAAGCCCAGAUAGAUAGUUUGGCCAACGAGCUGUCGGAGGAAAGAGCCAGAAGUGCACAGCUGGAACGGAACCUGACACAAGCAUGGCUUCUACAGGAGGCCCAACUGUCGGUAGAGAGAGACAAGAACAGGGAACUGGCGCUAAAUCUGACCCAAGCACUGACCCAACUGGACAACAUGACAUCAACCAAGUGCCCCUGUGAGAGACAAGGUGGGAACAUUUACCCCACACAGCCAGUACCCACAGCGUCAGACUGCGCAGAACUCUAUGCGGCAGGACAGACUACAAGCGGAGUGUACAACAUCAGACUCGGCUCCUCUGAUGUACAGACCUACUGUGACAUGGAUACUGCAGGGGGUGGCUGGACCGUGAUCCAACGGCGGCAGGACGGGUCGGUUCCCUUCAACCGGACCUGGGAGGAGUACAAGCACGGGUUUGGGAACAAGAGCGGGGAAUACUGGCUUGGGAACGAGAACAUCCACCUCCUGACCAGUCAAAAGAACUACACCCUCAGGGUGGAUCUCGAGGAUUGGGACGGAGAAACCCGGUACGCAACGUAUGACAUCUUCAGGGUGUCCGGUGAGUCGGACCAGUACCGGCUGCACAUUUCCGGGUAUUCAGGCGACGCGGGAGACUCCAUGACGGGCAGCGCUUCCAACAACGGGCACAGGUUCUCCACUGUGGACAGGGAUAACGAUGUCUACAGCCACGCCUCCUGUUCUCAGCACCGCGGACAGGCCGGCUGGUGGUUCGGGCACUGCAGCUACUCCUACCUCAACGGCCGCUACCUAGGCAACUGUGGGAACUCCUGUUCAUACAGGCAAGGUGUGGUGUGGUACCACUGGAGAGGCUGGCGUUACUCCCUGAAGUCUGUGUCUAUGAAGAUCAGGCCAUGAACAACACGCGUACGGUAUGGCAUUAACACAUGACCUGUUUUGCAUUUUCAAUGAAUUCAUUAACCACUAAAGUUUAAGAAAAACAAUCAUCAAAUACGAUAUCUGAUUCACCACAAGUUGCCAAUCAAAUAUGAUUGGGUCAUAAACGACAAUUGCCUAUACUGCCCACGUGAUAUCUGUUGGCAGUCAAGCAAAACAACAUUUCUAUGGGUUCAUAAAUCACAAAAUUUGUAUUAAAUAUCUGAUUAUAUCCUUUUUGUUCAGAUGAAAAUAACUUUCACACCAGGUUAACAUUAAUAAAAUCCUAUCAUGUGUUUCUUGUAAGAUGUAAAAUUCAACGAUACAUUCAUCCAGCAUACCUGCUCAAAACAAGCCUUUUAAAUUUGUAAGAUUUUUACUGGUUCUUUCUUUUCUAUUUUUUAUUGUAACGUUUGGUUACAUUUUAUCUAGUUUGGAACUGGAAAAAAUUACUAGUAAUCGAAACGAAUAUAACAGAAAGAAAAUACAUAACCUUAACACUAAUUAGAUGACAACCUUUACUGUUGUAUUUUGCAAUUAUUGGUAAUGGUACAUGUCAUUACUUAGGUAAAUGUAGUCAGCUGGUGAUAGGUAUUAUAAUAGAAAAAGCUGCAAGGAAAGCUGUGGAGAAUUUUGUGAUAGGUAUUAUAAUAGUAAAAGCUGUGGUGAUUUUUGUCUUUACAUAAUAAGUGAUAGGUGUAUGUAAUCAUCUAUUAGUAAGAAAUUAUAGACUUUUAUCCGAGGGUACCUAGAAAACUAGUCACGAAAAUUCUA